UCUGAACCGGCCCUCCGCGGGCACCGGCGCUGCCGCCUACGCCCAGCAGCCGUUGGCCCCGAAGACGGCCCCUGCCCCUGCCGCGGCCGCCACCCUCCACUCGGCACCCGCCAAGCUGCACCGGUCGGCCCACGGCUCUAAACACCGGCGCUCCAGCAGCCUUCACAGAGGCCAGCAUCAGGCUGACAGGAAGAUGAACACUCCCUCGACCGUCACCAUGGCGCUGAUCGACCCCCAGGACCACACAUCCCUGUCAGACAAACAGUCAUCCACUCAGCAGCUCUCCAUCAGCGUGUGCGCCGCGCUCUACUCCUACAAGCCGCAGCGCUUCGAGGAGCUGGAGCUGAGCAAGGGCGAGAUGGUGGGCGUCUACGGCAAGUUCAAGGAGGGCUGGCUGCGGGGGCUCUCUCUGCGGACGGGCAAAGUGGGCAUUCUGCCCAGCAACUACGUCACCCCCGUCCUCAGAACUUCGGCGAGGUUUGUGGAGUCCAAGUCCGCCCCCUCGUCGGUCAGCACGGGGGCGGGAAAGAGGCACGGCGCUCACAAGCCUCUGAGCGUGGUCCUGGAUCAGGUCAACAACGCCAACGGAAUGACACCGGCAGCCGCUGGACAGGGGCAUCCGGUCGCCCUGGCAACCCAGCAGCCGGUGAUGUCAUCUCACGGAGUGUCGAGAAGCGCGCACUCGGGGGCCAAGCACAGCUGGGAGAUUGUGAGGCGUGCCUUUCAUUCCACACACAAAGGUUCAGUUCGGCGAGGAAACCAUCAAUCCCACCUGACUCCCAGCCUCCAGCCUCCGUCUGCGGACCUGGGCCAGAUUUACAGCUAUGGCCGCUCACCUGUGCUGCCGAGGAAGAGGAACGGCCUCUUCUCCAACCCUAUGCGGCCGCAGCAGCAGUGCUGGACCACUGACACACUACCGCCCUCUGGUGGAGGCUAUUAUACAGUGUACAGGGACUCUUUCCACAAAGAGGCCUCAUCAGGGCCCCUCCACUCCAUCUUGGUGAAGCCAGACUCAAACAAGCACAACAUAGACAAGCCUGUGAAAACAGUGCGGUUUGUGACUGAGGAGUCACCCCAGCUGGGGACAUGGACAACCCCCCUGACCUCUGGGAGACAGCUGUACUCUGGGUCCCAGUCCAGCCCUCCUAUCAUGGAGCUGUGGAACCCUUCAGCCAUUCUGGGUCGAGAUGGGAACAGCUCUGUGCUCAAAGACAUCAAGACCAGCUCGCUGAGAAAGAGUUUCGGCCUGGACCACGCCUAUGGAGACGGCUCUCCGUUCAGCUUGAAGUCGUCUGUUGGCCUUAACAGUCCAAGCAGGCACAGAGUAGUGAUUAGCUACUCUGCCAAGACUGAUGCUGAUAUGAACCUGUCAGAAGGGGAGACGGUUCUGGUCCAGGGGCCUCGUCUGGACGGACGGAUUCUGGUCACGCAGGAAGCCACGGGGAGAACCGGCCUCUUCCAGGGCACAGUACUGGGAUGCCUUGAAAAAUUGAUGUGACAUUGUCCAUACUAAAUAUAUACUGCAUUUUCCCUUGAGGAAACAAAUGUACUGCCAAAUGUCUAGCUUAUGAGCAUAUGCUCAUACCAAUGCACUUCUGAUGCAUUACUGUUUUGAUGACCUGUUCUAAGGUACCAAAAAAGCAAUAUGAGUUGUGGGUUUGAGUGCACGGAUCUGAUGCAUGUUUUCCAUAUCACACACGCGCACACACACACACACACACACACACACACACACACACACACACACACACACACACACACACACACAGACUCCUGGACCUGGCACUAUCCUUGGGGUUUAUUUUCCUAAGCGUGUAACACCUACUGACAUGCCUGUGCCUUCAAGGUGGCUUUGCUAAUGAGAUUAAUGUAAAUGGAAUAUGUUGACAGAAACAGAGACCAGAGGGGUAAAACACCACUGCAAAACAAAAUUUAUUUAUUAUUAUUAAAUAUAAGCAAAUACAUUCAUGUGGUGUUUCUUUUAAAACCAGGUAGCGUUUUCUUCACCUGUUUUUUGUCAUAGACACAGAGGUGGUCCUUUCCCAUAGUGCGUCCAUCUGUUUUAGGCUAGACCUUGCGUCUGACUGGAUUGGUCAACUGCGGCCCAGUCUCUGAGUGUUGUGCUCACCCCUUGUGAGUGGUGAAAAUGUGCUCUUGUUUUCCAGCAAACCAAACCUGUGCACUUGUAAUGAUUGCAAAACAAUGUAAUAAAACAUGGGUUUAACCUUUUAGACUUUAAA